AUGGACAACGCAAUUUCCUCUGUAGAAUCGCCAUCUUUAGGAGAAGAGUUUAUACUAUCUACUCCGUCCACAUGUAAUUUCUCGACCAUCACCGACCAAAUACAUGAUCAGAGUGCAAUCGAAAUAGUAUGGUGGAGCAAUGUUAUAGUUCUACCUAUUAUAGCCAUUAUUGGUGUUGCUUGUAACGUUCUUAAUAUAGCCAUUUUAACUAGUAAUCGAGGAGCUCGACGAAUGCCAAGUUGGACUCUACUAUUAGCCUUAGCCAUCUGUGAUUGUUUGUUUUUAAUUUUUGCCACAUUAGAUGUUACUCCUCAUUCAAUUGCUUCACUCGCUUUUUCGCCAACAUUCAAUCACUUCUAUUCACAUAUGGUCCUAUACAUCCGAACAUUGGCUUCGACUUUCUACAAAAGCAGUGUUUUAAUUGUUGUUGCAUUCAACGUUGAAAGAUACAUUUGCGUUGUUUUUCCUCUACGUUCUCAUAAACUCUGCACAGGAAGAACAUCGAAAUUAUCCAUUUAUGGAUGUUUUUUGAUUGCUUUUCUUUGUUCUAUACAAUGGCCAAUCUGCUAUGAAGUCCGUCAUUGUUAUGAAAACUCUUCUGAAGAUUAUUAUUAUGUUAUUCUCAUGACAGAAAAUCCAACAUUAAGGUUUUACUAUCGGAUUAUGGACUAUGUUUCAUUGGCCGCGUUCAACGUUCUACCAAUCUUGGCAUUAUUGAUAAUGAACUGUCGCAUCAUCUUGACACUGAGAAGAGUUGUUGAUGAAGAUACGAAAAGAGAAGAGGAAACAGCUCGUCUUGCUGACGGAGCUCUUGUGCAGGAAUCAUAUACGAAUCGAUUGAAUGCCAAUGCCAUGCUAUUCGCUGUGGUCUUCAUGCUUCUCAUUUGUGUCGGACCGCAGGCUCCAGCUCGUUUAAUGUUUGAUUACUAUGGACAAUAUCAUUCAAAAGCUAUUGUAUAUACUUGUAUUUCCCAACAGCUUGUAUUCCUGAAUGCAUCAUUGAAUUUCUGCUUAUAUUGUGUUGUAUCAAAGAGAUAUCGAACACUUAUGCGUCAAACAAUUAAAAGGUUUCUCCAUUCAGUUACAAUCAUAGAUCGUCCAUUAAAAAUGAAUAUUAAGCAGAGUAAGAGUAGUAGUGCACAUGCGACAUCUGUGGAUGAGCAUAGUAGUCGAAAUCACAUAUUACUCCAAGUUAUGUAA